AGAAUUCCAGCCCUUCCACGCUGCUAUUACGUUCCGUUCGCGAGCAGAAGCUGGCUGCGGUGUCGUUUUCUCCGAUCAGUCGGACCUUGAUCAAUCUUUUCAACUGUCCUUGUUCUCGGGUUUUACGCAUUUGAUUGCAAUUGGAAUAGCUUGGAUUCGUGUGUGACCGUCGAUUUCACCAUUUUUUUUCGACCGAAUUGGCUCUGAAGCAAUGGAUUGACUUCAGUUUUCCUUCAACCCCUCCACCAAGUUGAGAAAACAGUCUAACCUGCGGUCUCUCCAUACUUCGAGCUCACAAGCCAGCUACAUGUUUCAUCCGGACAGUUUCAAAAGUAGCUGGUACCGGAUGUUUUUAAACAUUUCGUAGGUGAAACAUUGAUGUUCUUCGUUUGUCUCGGAAGUGUAUGGAAAUAGGUGGCAGAGGAUUUUAAACACGGAUUUUCUCCGGGGUUCUUGAAGCCUGCAAACAUUUAUUUUUGAAAAGUGAUGGCGGAGCGGGGAGCAAGGUUGCUCCUCUCUCUCCUCUGUCUCACCUUUCUUUACCCGGCGACCACCGUGUCAAGACAUGCUGAAAAAGGCACGGCGGCGCGGCCCUUCAGCCCCUUCUGGUUCUCGGUGGAGCCGUGGGACACACUGGCUGUGAGAGGUGCCCCAGCACUGCUCAACUGCUCAGCGCACAGCGGGGACCCUGCCUCGGAGCCCACUGCGCCCCAGGCCCGUGUGGAGUGGAAGAAGGAUGGAACCUUCCUGAGCCUGGCGCCAGACGACGGGCGGCGGCGUGUUCUGCCUGAUGGCUCGCUGCUCAUCUCUAGCGUGGUGCACUCCAAGCACAACAAGCCCGACGAGGGCACGUACCAGUGUGUGGCCACCAUCGACAGCCUGGGAACCAUCGCCAGCCGCACCGCCCGCCUCACCGUGGCAGGUAUGCCCCGGUUCUCCAGCCAGCCAGCAGCAGCCAGCAUACGCCUGGGAGACAGCCAGGUUCUGGCCUGCGAUGUCAACCCAGACCUGGUGCCUUUAGCCCGGUGGGAGCGUGAGCGUGAGCCCCUGGAGCUGAGCUCUAGGUUGGUGCAGCUACCCAACGGAGCCCUGGUGGUGAGCAACGCUUCGGAGGCCGACGCUGGGCUCUACCGCUGCAUGGUGGAGAACGCUGGGCCCGCCAAGACCAGUGAAGAGGCCCAGCUCACAAUACUGCCAGAAACCGGAGAGGAGAGAGAACUGGAGUUCCUGGUAGAGCCACUUCCUGUGACCAAAGUGGUGGGGGCCAGUUUGCUGCUGCCGUGUGUGGUGACGGGUUAUCCAACGCCCUACGUCCGAUGGAUGGUGGGAGACAAGCUUGUUGAGGAGAGUGAGGGGAAGUUGGAGUUGGUGGGAGGAGGCAGUCUGUUGAUCUACAACCUGACUGAGGAGGAUGCAGGCGUCUACAGCUGUAUGGCAGACAUCACUAACAACACUAUCGAGGCCAAGGCAGAGCUCACUGUACAAGUUCCUCCGGAGUUCCUGAAGAGGCCGGCCAACAUCUACGCCCACGAAUCCAUGGACAUCAUGUUUCAGUGUGAGGUCACAGGUUCCCCCGCCCCCACCGUCAAAUGGGAAAACGGAGACGCUGUCAUUCCCAGCGACUACUUCAAAAUCAUUAAUGACCACAACCUGCAGGUGCUGGGUCUGGUCAAGUCUGACGAGGGCUUCUACCAGUGUCUGGCAGAGAACGAUGCAGGGAACAUGCAGUCCAGCGCUCAGCUCAUCAUCCUAGAGCACGAUGUAGCCCUCCCCACCCCUCCUCCCCCCUCACUGACUCCUGACACUACUGACCAUGUAACGCCAGGCUCCAGAGGUGUUGCUAACCCCACUGGCCCCACCCCCUCCGCCCCCCGUGACGUCGUGGCCUCGCUGGUCUCCACCCGCUUCAUCAAGCUCACCUGGCGCCCUCCUGCUGAGCCCAACGGAGACGACCUCACCUACUCUGUCUACUUCAAUCAGGAGGGUACCAACAGAGAGCGUAUCCUGAACACCAGUCGGCCAGGUGAGAUGCAGGUCACCAUUCAGAACCUGAUGCCUGACUCCAAGUACAAGUUCCGGGUGGUGGCACAUAACAAGAACGGCCUGGGAGAGAGCUCUGCCGUCCUCAAGGUGGCCACCCAGGGUGAAGUGCAAGUUCCUGGCCCCGCCCCCAACCUGCAGGCUGUGUCGACCACACCCACCUCCGUCACCCUCAGCUGGGACACGCCCCUCACUGGUAACGGAGACGUCCUCACCUACAAGGUCUACUAUAUGGAGAAGGGUCUGGACCUGGAACAGGACAUAGACGCUGGAGCUCUGUCCUACACCUUGAUGGGUCUGAAGAAGUUCACAGAGUACAGCAUUCGAGUGGUGGCCUUCAACAAGCACGGUCCGGGAGUGUCCACAGGAGACAUCACCGUCACCACCCUGUCUGAUGUCCCCAGUGCCCCUCCUCAAAACCUCACUGUGGAAGUUCACAACUCAAAGAGCAUCAUGGUCCGAUGGCAGCCCCCACCACCAGGCGCCCAGAACGGCGAGAUUACUGGGUAUAAGAUCCGUUACCGGAAAGGAACGCGGAAGAGCGAGGCGGCAGAAACCACGGGAGGCACCCAGCUAUUCCAACUCAUCGACGGUCUGGAGCGGGGGACAGAGUACACGUUCAGAGUAUCAGCCAUCACAGUGAACGGCUCCGGGCCCGCCACAGAGUGGAGCACCGCAGAGACCUUCGAGAGCGACCUGGACGAGUCCAGGGUGCCAGACAUCCCCAGCUCGCUACAUGUGCGCCCGCUGGUCAACAGCAUCGUGGUGAGCUGGACGCCGCCGGAGAACCAGGACAUGGUGGUACGAGGCUACACCAUCGGCUACGGCAUCGGCAGCCCCCACGCCCAGACCAUCAAGGUGGACUACAAGCAGCGCUACUACAGCAUUGAGAACCUAGACCCCAGCUCCCACUAUGUGAUAACCCUGAAGGCCUUCAACAACGUGGGGGAGGGGAUCCCUGUAUACGAGAGCGCCAUCACCAGGCCACAGUCAGACCCCAUAGACCCUGAUGUUGAUUUGUAUGAACUCUUCCAUGCGCCAUACACACCAGUACCAGACCCCACCCCCAUGCUACCUCCCGUGGGCGUACAGGCCUCGGUGCUCAGCCACGACACCAUCAAGGUGACCUGGGCCGACAACUCUCUGCCCAAGAACCAGAAGAUCACGGACGCACGCUACUACACGGUGCGCUGGAAGACCAACAUCCCCGCCAACACCAAGCUCAAGACGGCCAACACCACCAACCUGAGCCACAUGGUGACGGGCCUGAAGCCCAACACGCUCUAUGAGUUCUCUGUCAUGGUGACCAAGGGCCGGAGGACCAGCACCUGGAGCAUGACGGCCCAGGGAACCACCUUUGAGACCAUUCCCAGCUCGUCCCCCAAAGAUGUGACUGUGGUGAGCAAGGAGCUGAAACCACGUACCAUCAUAGUCAACUGGCAGCCCCCCUCAGAGGCCAAUGGAAAAAUCACAGGCUACAUAAUCUACUACAGUACUGAUGUGAAUGCGGAGGUGCAUGACUGGGUGAUAGAGCCGGUGGUGGGCAACAGGUUGACCCACCAGAUCCAGGAGCUGACUCUGGACACCACCUACUACUUCAAGAUCCAGGCCCGUAACUCCAAGGGCAUGGGCCCAAUGUCAGAGGCCGUACACUUCCGCACCCCCAAGACUGAAUCCUCUGACAAAAUGGCUAAUGACCAAGCCAAUUUGCCAGUUAAACCAGGAAGUAACCAACCACCUCUUGACCAUGGCUUUGGGUCUUCACACGGAAAACCAGGAAUUACAGGAAGUGGGGACAACCACAUCCUGGUCAUCGUCGUCAUCAUCUCUGUGGGAGCGUUCACCAUCAUUGUGGUGGUUGUGGGGGCCUUCCUCUGCACACGACGCACCACCUCCCACCAGAAAAAGAAGCGGGCGGCCUCCAAGUCGUCCAACAGCUCCCACAAGUACAAGGGCAACUCCAAGGACCUGAAGCCUCCAGACCUAUGGAUCCACCACGAGCGGCUGGAGCUCAAGCCCAUUGACAAGUCCCCCGAGCCCAACCCGGUGAUGACUGACACCCCCAUCCCCCGCACUUCGCAGGACAUCAACCCCGUGGACCCCAGCCUGGACAACAGCCUGCUGCAGAGACGGAACUCCUACCGAGGCCACGAAUCAGAAGACAGCAUAUCUGCGCUGGCAGGGCGCCGGGGGAUGCGGCCUAAAAUGAUGAUGCCCUUCGAUACACAGCCCCCCCAGCCUGUGAUUAGCGCUCACCCCAUCCAUUCCCUUGAUAACCAUCACCACCAUUAUCACACGGGCAGCCUGGCAUCCCCGACACGCAGCUACCUCCAUCACCACCAGGGCAGUGCCCACCUGCGCCCGCACGCCUGCGCCACCCCCAUCUCCUAUCUAGACAUGGUGGGCUCCACAGAGUCGGUGAGGAACACCCCCAGCACAGAGCCCCUCCCACCCCAGGCCCAGCCCCCCUGCCAAGCCGAGCACCAGCACCCGGAGCCCGAGGGCAGCUACCAAGACUCCACGGCCACCGACGAUGAGCCCAGCGCCAGCGGCAGCUACUGCAGCGCCGGCCAGCCCCCCACUGCCCACGUGCGCCCCACUCAUCCCCUCAAGAGCUUUGCCGUGCCCGCCAACCCCACCGCCAUCUUCGAGUCGCCCGCCCUGCCCAGCAUGCCGCUGCUUACUCAGACUGGGCCCCAGCUCCACUCAGUAAAGACAGCCUCCAUCGGCACCCUGGGCAGGGUACGCCCCCCCAUGUCAGUCACGGUGCCCAGUGCGCCAGACGUGCCUGAGACCAGCAAGAUGCUGGAGGAUGUAGACAGUAGCUACGAGCCUGAUGAGUUGACAGAGGAGAUGGCCCACCUAGAGGACCUGAUGAAGGACCUGAACGCUAUAACCACAGCCUGAGAACCACACGCCCACUCAGUACGCUGCUCACACACAUACAAGCAGACACACACACACAAAUCCAGGUAGUGACACACACACACAGGCAGGAACACACACACUGCCAGCCCUCAGCAAACUGGGAGCCCGAUGCCCCGGUACAAAAUGGAUACCGUAAAUGGAUCUUACACACCCCACAAGACAAACAAAAAAUCUCAACUGAAACAUUUCAACUUUUGGCUUACCUUGCUCAGUCUCAGGAAGGAGAUGGCCAUUUUAAAAAGCAACAGUUCACCUUUUUAUGAAGAAACAUUCUCAAAGACGAUAUCUAACAUUGUUCGCUUUCAACCAGAGGAUUGUGAAUUUUCUCAGCACAAAAACUGAAAUGCAUCAGAAGGUUGCUCUCAUACUUUGAUUGCCGGGGAGACCGCUCCUAUGGUUGCCGGGGAGACCGCUCCUAUGGUUGCCGGGGAGACCGCUCCUAUGGUUGCCGGGGAGACCGAUCCUAUGGUUGCCGGGGAGACCGCUCCUAUGGUUGCCGGGGAGACCGCUCCUAUGGUUGCCGGGGAGACCGCUCCUAUGGUUGCCGGGGAGACCGCUCCUAUGGUUGCCGGGGAGACCGCUCCGACAGACAUCAUAUUGUGAUUCCAAGUCAAGAGGAAGAGUCAAAUAUGCCGGUAUUUCAUGUUGGUGCUCACGAAACACAAUCUAAACACAGUGUUUGUUUAAUUAGUGUCACUUAUUUGUGCGUUUUUGUAUAUCUAUUGCCCUGUUUCAGUGAAGUGAACGUUGGACAACAGUCCCCUCCAUUUCCAUAAAAGCGGUAAUUUUAUAGCUAUCAUUUUGAUCCAAUGACGUCUGUUUUCACUACUCUGUGUUAUAUAUUGUGCCAAGUCUCUUAUUAUUCUCUAAUAUGCCAUGUAUGUUUUUUACAUAUCCGUAUAGAUAUGUACAUGUUUUUUUUAAACGGCCUCAUUCUAUCCCCCCCCAGCCUAGCCAAUCAUUUCAUUUUAUUUGGGAGGAGAGUGACAAAAUAGACCCUCAAACGCUCACUUUUCAUAUCUUGUAGGGAGAUGCCUUGCGUGUUAGUACAUUACAUUUGAAUGGUUUAUUGCGUUCUCUGGCAUUGUGUUGCCCCUUUAUACAUUGAAAUGUUCAGUCUUUUUUUGUUUAUGGGAGCUCUGUUUCAAAAAGCCUUACGAAAUGUGUCCGUACGUUUACAUUGGAGAUGACUGUGCCCUCUGUGGACGUUUUCCAGUUACACUGUGAUCCCUCUGACACGCAGCAUCACCACUCUCAGGCCAGCCUGGCCUUGGAGUGACAAGUAGUAGGGCUUCUUAGCUGGUGACCUUUCAGAACCAUCUGUGGGACAUGAACCCUCCAGAGGCUGCUGGACUCGGAGUGCCUCACCCCGCAAUCACACAUCCUUCCCAGUCAGUCGUUUCAAUGGAAUGGCAAUAUAUCAUAUGAAAGUGCUAUGAAAUGGAUGUCUUGUUUCCAAGAGCCAAUAUUUGGUUGAAGAGGUCUGUUUUUUGCUCUUUAUCUCUCUCUGUCAUGUGAAAACCAGGUUUUUCAAUCAAGGAUAAGUGUUUACUGUUAUCUGAGGUCUCUUAAAGAAACACUGCUUCAUCGCUCUUUUUAAAUGCUACUUGCAACGAUGUUGGCCUAUUGAAUGGGACUCCCAGAUUCAGAUUUUUUUUUACAUGUAGUUUGUUUUGUAUGAAGAAAAAAUAAACUUGUUCUGUACACAAUUCCAAUGUAAAAAAAAUUAAAUAUGAUAAUGUAAGAAGCUAGUUUUUCAUCUGCCCUCUUACCCAAAGAAAUGUAAUUGCAAUCCUAGUUAUGCUCUACUUUUGUGAAUACCAUGUUUCUCAUAAUGUACAUCAUCAUGAAUGUCAAUAUAACUGUAAGAGAUUUUACUUAUGGAUACAAAAGGAACAUGUAUAAAAAAUAAAAAUAAAGUGGACUGUAGGAAAAAGGCAGGACGCUAACCCGUUGGGAAUAACCUAUUAAGUUGUAGACAGUCAAGCCUGUAUUGCACUUUUUCACAAUUUUUGAAAAAAAAAAAUCUUCCAUAUCUUGUGUUUUAAAUAUAAAAGCGAUGUUUCUGUAAAGUAGUGUCCUAGGUUAGCAGCAGGCAGCUGGUCUUGUUUUAAUGGUCAUUUGUUUUUGAGAUAUGAAAUUGAGCGGCAGGUUUUACUGUGCUGCUGAGGUAUUCUGUUGCUUGUUUCUGUACAGAGAUCUCUUUGCUUUCUGUAGGAUAUUCUGUGGCUUAAAAAAAAAAUGUUUGAGAAAAAAAGUUAUUUUUUAUUUUUAUUGGUGCCCUUAUACAUUGUGUAUCCAACUAUUAUGAAUACUAACAAAGUUGAAGCUUC